CUAGUUCGGGCUGGAAAAGAUUGGUUUUUCUUGUGAGAAAAUAAAAAGGGGAGUUGUUUUGGAGUUACCAAGACCUAACACAAUUUGAUUAUGGCUGCCGAAAUAAAACCAGCGCAACGUACCAAUAAUGAUAAAUUCAGUGCAAAGAAACCAGAACUACUUGGCAAAUUAGAGGGAAGUGCCGACGAUGUAAAUGCUGCAAUUUUAAUUCCAGGGGAAGAUGGUGUGAUUAGCGUUUCCGACGACAAAACUGUUCGUGUAUGGCUUAAGCGGGACUCUGGACAGUAUUGGCCAAGCAUUUGCCAGUACAUGCCAUCGGGUUGCACGGCAAUUGAGUAUGUUUCGGAGACGAGACAGCUGUACGUUGGACAGGACAAUGGGACAGUAACGCUAUACACACUAUCUGAGGAUUGCAAUCGUUUGUCAUUUGUUCGGGACUAUUUAUCACACCAAGCCCGCGUUAUAGCCGUAAUUUUCUCAAAAGCCCACAACUGGAUAUUAUCUGCAGGGAAGGAUAAGCAGUUUGCGUAUCAUUGUACCAACACAACUAGACGAGUUGGCGGAUACAGCUUUGAAACUCCUUGCACAGCACUUCAAUUCGACGCAUUGGCUAAAUAUGCUUUUAUUGGCGAUCAAGCGGGCCAGAUUAUAAUGCUACGAUGUGAUGUGCAAGGCUCUCAGCUAAUUACGACUUUUAAAGGACACACAUCCGGAAUCCGCUGCUUAAUAUGGGUCGAGGGUCCCCAGUUGCUAUUUAGCGGCUCGUGUGACCAGUCAGUAAUCGUUUGGGAUGUUGGAGGCAAACGCGGGACCAUUUAUGAACUACAGGGCCACAAUAACAAAGUUUCGGCACUUGCCUAUGCCAACCACACUCAACAAUUGAUAAGUUGCGGCGAGGACUCCGUGGUGGUAUUUUGGGAGAUGAACGCUAUGCGGAAAGAAGUGCCGGGCUGGAUAGAAAACAACAACUGUCAGUUGUGUUCGCGACCAUUCUUUUGGAACUUCCGUUCAAUGAUGGAUCAAAAACAACUGGGAAUUCGACAGCACCAUUGUCGUCAUUGUGGCAAAGCCGUUUGCGACAAUUGUUCGACCAACCGCAUAAAUAUACCAAUUAUGGGAUUCGAGUUUGACGUUCGCUGUUGUGAUCUUUGUUAUAAACAACUUCAAACAGUGGAGCGUCCAUCUCUAGCAUCAUUUCAUGACGCUAAACAUUCCAUCGUAUAUAUGGACCUAGAUGAGGAGCGAAAACUACUGCUGACUGUGGGCCAGGACCGUCUAAUUAAAGUAUGGGAUCUAUCCACCAUUUGGGGUCAAUAAAAUAAAUAGUCGCUAACCAAUUGAACAGAUAAUGGUGUCAGCAGCUGCCCAGGUGUUCCCCACCGUUUGCAUUUUCGUAUUAACAAUGCAUACAUGGUUGAAAGCGUGAUAAGGUGGGCAAGCGAGAGCAUCUUAAAAACUGUCCAAAUUAUAUUUUUUCAAUUUUAUGUUAUGAUAUCGGAAUAAAUAUUGUAAAAAUUAUUUUAAAAUA